AUGGACUACUCCAUCCGAGAGACACCGGAACAAUUCAAGGUAUUUCUUGGGUCGUUUAAGGAGACGUUACAAGACCUUGGCCUAGGAAGGAGAGUCCUUCCCAUUUGUUCUUAUGUUAUCUUUCCAUCUAAGGUCGCCGAGCCAAAGCGAGGACUGCACUGGGUCACCGUCCGCUCCACGUUCAUGGGGUGGAAUCAUGAGGGCCAACAAGCAUUGCUAAAAAAACGCCGGGAUGGCCUUGCAAAGUCUUUCGCUCACCUACCUGCUAUGCAGAGCGCCAAACAAGACCUCAUCAACAACUUCAAGGCCCAUGACAUUCCGCAAGGUACCAAGUCACCGUACAAAAAGGCUCCUCCAUCUCUUAGUCCUGGUAUCGCUUUCAACAAUAACAUCAAGGCCCGCUUGCCUUGUCAGAUAUGCGGGUACUUCCAUAAUUUCCACAUCUCGCAUAAGGUUGGAAAGACGAAAAGGAUGGACGAGCGCCUUUGGAAGAAGGAAAGGGCGAUCUUCUCGUGCGCCGAGCUGGGUGUCGCUGCAAUUAUGCAUUGCGUUGACGAGUUCGACCGAAGGCGCGAGGGGUCGUAA